AUGGAUUAUACCUUAAAUGAUGAUUGGAUUAUGAGGAGGAACGAGAUAUUUUGCGAUGUCAUAAACAACUUAGUGACAACCUUUUAUGAGAUUCAAUACAAGUUCUUUUUUGUCAAGAGUGAAUUAUCAUAUAUAAAUGAACCCAUAAGUCACGUAGAUACACUUCAGAACAUAGGAUAUAAUCUUUUCCAUGUAAUCAUUACGUUCGUUAUUGAUUGCAAAGCUUUAUAUAAUCUUAAGCAUGUAAUCAAUAAGACAUUUCAGAUUUCCGAUCGGGGUCGCGUAGCAUACUAUUAUUACUUAUUUGAACAUGAAAAAUUUAUGGAUUUAUUUAAAAAAUUAGAAGGGUGCAUGUUAGACUGUCAGAAAUUAAAUAUAUACUUAUCCCGUCAAAUUGAUAAAUUGAAGAAUAAAAUGACUAUAAAUAAAUGUAAUCAUGUUGGAAAUAAGUAA